AUGCUUUCUGCUGUACCAUCUGUCGAAUUUAGGGAGUAUCAAGCAACUUCGUUAGCCUGUUUUGUGAGCGAUGAUCCCUCAAUCUCGCCGCCGAAUGUGAUUAUUCAAGGGCAUCAAAGUUCUGGAAAAACGCUGACCCUGCAGAAAUUCUUUGAACAGAAUCCACAGAUCCAUAACUGUUGGCUUAACCCGGUUGAAUUAGUAACUUGGAAGCCACUCCUGCAGCAUGUUGCGAGAUCGGUCUCGAAUAAGCUAACAAAUGUGUUCCCGCAUUUCCACUAUGACAAUCAAGAUGCGCUUGAGGCAGAGGACUUUUACUUUCUUAUCCGGGUCUUGGACGGUAUUCUAAGCUGCUACCAGGAGUUGGAGGAACGAAUUAACUUGUAUGUGGUUCUCGAUGGAUUUGAUCAAUUGAAAGAGUUGGAUUUGGAACUUCUUCCAAAGUUUCUUAAGCUGCAUGAACAACUGUCGACCGACUACAAGGUGCAGCUCAAGUUCAUAUAUAUUGUACGAGAUGUUGCAUUCCUCAGCAAAUAUAGUACUUACAAUGUCCCCACUAUAAUAUUCCCGCGCUAUAAGCAUGAACAGGUGGCAGAGAUUCUACUCCAAAAUAAAACUAGCAAGUAUGCCGAGAGUGGAUUACUUGUACGAAAAAUCAUGCGUCUUGAACUAGAUCCAGAAGACUCGAUCUUUGAGCAAAUAUCAGAAAACUACAUCAAGCUCAUAAUUCAAGCAUUUCACUCAUACACAGGGAAUGACAUCGUAGCGUUAACCGACAUCAUGGACUCCAAAUGGGAGGGCUACGUUGAGUCAAUAACGGCAGGAAAUAUUUACGAACCGUUAUCGUUGUAUCGUUCGAACAUUGAGCUCUACACCAAAACUGGUGACACAUUUACCACCCAAGACGAGCCGGACGUCUCCGGUCCAAACAAAGAAAAAGCUACUGCCUAUGAACUAUCAUCUAUCUCGAAGUAUUUGUUGGUUGCUGCAUAUCUGUGUUCGUAUCUGGAGCCCCGUUACGACAGCAAAAUUUUCUCUAAAAAGUCCCACUUGCGUGCUGGUAGAUCAUCGUAUGGGCGUCGAAGCAAGAUGGAAACCAACCCGCGCUACCUACAGCCUUCGCUUUUCCAACUGGAACGGCUUUUCUCCAUAUUUCAAGCCAUUUUUCCACUGGGUGAGGAGCCCCAAGGAAAAUCCAGCAUAUUUCAUCAAGCUGAACUAAUGAAGGCCAACGUCGAAGUGUAUGAGAAUCUUGCCGAGCUAAACAGUCUAAAGCUGAUUACCACUGCAACUCCUAAAAACGUGGACUACUUGAGCUACAAACUAAAGUGGAAAAUCAACGUUCCUUGGGAAAUCAUAACUGAAAUUAGCUCGAGCCUCAAAUUUGACAUCGCCGAGUACUUCUCAGGAUUGCAUAAUUAG